UUCUAGGGUUUUGCUUUUGCACCAACUCCCCUGAAUAAAGAACCGGUUAAGCCUUACUGCGUAAUUGAAGAGUGAGAUGGCGAAGUUCAAUGUGGUGCAGAAGAGGAGGAGAGCACAAAUAGCUGAGAGAAAGAGAGCGUCUCAUGGAGACUCGCUUACUCGCAAGCUCAAGCAAAAGGCACAGCCUCUCUCCAUCUCGGGGAAACGCAGGCGCAAGAUCGAGAAGAAAUGGCGCAGGGAGCAGAAUGAAGCCGUGGAAAAGGGGCUCAUCACCAUGGAAGAUAUUGAAAUGGCUGUUACUGAUGUAGAAAACUCUCAGGAUGACAAAAAGAUGCCAAGAAAAAUUAAUGUGAAGAAGGGUUUGAAGCUUAAACAAUUGAAGCGCGGCAAAGGAAAGAAGAAAAGGAAUUCUUCCAAGCAAGGCACAGGUGUGUCAGAUGAAGCCAUGGUAGAAUAAUCUAUGCACCCCAUGAUACAAAUUUUUUGUGGUGCCUUUAUGCGUUUUCUUUGGUAUGUAAGUGUUUAUACGGAUUUUUUUUAAGACAUUGGAAUAUGGGGAACAUGUUUUAUGAUGUAAUGAAGAAAAAUAUUAACAUAAUAGUUUUAGUAUUAUUCGGUGUUUGAUGUGAUUGUAUCUUGAUGGUUGAGAAUUGAGAUGCAUUUUAUUUUCAAAUCA